AUGUCCGAGCUACAAUACUACCUGAGACCUAGACCAGCAUACGAGCCUGUCCGCACAGAAGGAGAUGUGUUCUGGCGAGAUGGCGACAGGUUCCUGAUCAAGGGCAUCAAUUACUUCAUCCGACAUCCGAAACCACCAGGCGAGCCGCUAUAUCCUAUCCACAAGGUCGACUGCUUAUCUGAAGAACAUCUGGAAACACUUCAACGGGACGUCAAAGUCUUCCGCGAACUCGGCCUCAACACAAUCUUCAUCCCCUCCUUGGACCCAACCAAGAACCACCAUGAAGCGCUCAAACUCCUCGCCCAAGCAGGAAUCUACGUCCUCGUUACCAUUGGCGAAGGUAUCGCUCGACCACCCCAACCAGACGCCGGCUGGCCAUCCUUUGACACAGACUUCGACACCCGCACCUACCACACAACAGAGUCCCUCGAACGCAGCAUCCGCAUCGUAGACGAACUCGCCAGCUAUCCCAACGUCCUCGGCUUCAUCGUAGAUGGCAGCGCUCUCGUUGACCUCAAGGCGACCAAAAUUGCAGAAGUCCACCGGGCUCACGUUCGAGACAUCAAGUCCUUCCUCCAUCUCCGCGGUGGGAGACAGAUUCCUGUCGGCGUUGCAUUAUGCGAAAUCUUGAACUUUCAACUUCAGGCGGUGCAGUACUUCUCCGCUGGCCCAUCUACCGAUCUCAGUUGUGCAGAUUUCAUUGCCAGGGAGAACUGGAGCUGGGCGUGUAAGUCAGAUUUCCGAAUUUCCGGAUGGAAGAAUAUGGUGAAGAUACUGCAAGAAUACCCUAUCCCAAUGUUUCUGGGGGAGUAUGGGACUUUUGUGGGGUAUAGAUUGUGGGAGGAAGUUCCAUGUUUGUACUCGCGAGAUAUGACGGGGGUGUUUAGUGGAGGAUGUCUGUAUACCUACUGUGAUGAUGGGAGUAAGUAUGGGAUUGUGGAGGAAGAUGAGGGAGGAGGGAUCACGAGGAAGCCGGAGUUUGAGCUGCUGAGGAAGCACUUUCGGACUGUCAAUUGCCGGAUGCCGGAGGAGCUUUAUGAUAGCCAUGUGAAGGAUUAUGAGAGCUGGACGGGCGAGUUUCCGGAGCGAGACGAGCACUGCUGGUUCGCGACGAGGGAUUUGCCGGAGUGUCCUGUUGACUUGGAGAGGUUCAUGCUAGAGCUCAGGCAAGAGAAGGAGUGGGAAGUUAUCAGCCACAGAACGGAAGGUCUGAAAUUGUGGAACCGUGACUGCACGGUCUACAAUGCUCUAUAUAAGGAGUAA